AUGCGAGCCUACUUUUACGACGGCCUUCCUGGCGACCAGCGCCUCCCCCACGACUCGGGCAAGCCCGUCAACGUCGAUGACCUCCUCGCCAUCGGCGUCUACUACUACCACCUCCCAGAGCUCGAGUCGGUCGACAACCUAGCCCGCGACCGGGGCUACAAGAACCGCGACGAGAUCACCGUCUCCCCCAAGACCAUGGGCGACGUCUACGAGUCAAAGGUCAAGAUGUUCUUUGCCGAGCACCUGCACGAGGAUGAGGAGAUCCGCUACAUCCGUGGUGGACGCGGAUACUUUGACGUUCGCAGCAAGGACGACGACUGGGUGCGUGUGCUGCUUGAGAAGGAUGACUUGCUCAUUCUUCCUGCUGGCAUCUACCACCGCUUCACCACCGACGAGACCAACUACGUCCACGCGAUGCGCCUGUUCAAGGAGGAUCCCAAGUGGACUGCUCUGAACCGCGGCCCCGAGGUGGACAAUAACGGCCACCGACAGGAAUACGUCAAGACGUUCCUGGCCGAGCCUGCCCAGUGA